AUGAUUGUUAUCGGUGGCGCUGGCGAGAGUUUAAGUGCACGUCCUGGUAUUAAUGAUCUGAUUUUAAAAAGGAGGUUGGGUUUUCUUAAAAUAGCCAUUAAGAGCGGUUAUAAUACCGUAAAACUUUUCUCGCUAGAGUAUAAACCAAUAUCUUUUCAAAAUAGUGCGUCAUUGUGCCCUGUGUUUUCGUUUGGUGAAAAUGAUAUAUGGGAUCAAGCUGAAAAUCCUGAAGGAAGCAAAGUUUGGAAAUUCCAAAAAUUUUUGCAAAACACUUCUGGUUGGACAUUGCCACUAUUUCAUGGUCGUGUGGGAAAACCUAUUGAUGUUGUAAAAAAUGAUAACCCUACGGAGGAGGAGGUACUUGAAGUACAGAGAAAAUACAUUGAGAGAUUGUACGAAAUUUGGAAUAAAUACAAAGACAUUUAUGCUAAGGAUAGAAAAC